GUGGUGGUCUCUUAUGCAUAAUAGAGAUAUAGUUCUUAGAGUUCCAAAGAUCUUCUUUCAGUCUGGCCGCUUCAACGACAUCAAAAUUUUCUCGCACCUCUAAGCAGGUGUGGGGUGCUUGUUAUGAGAAAGUGCUAUCACCAUGUGUUUUAGGAAGAUCAACAUCAUCAUACAUCUGGAGGUUGUGCCGUGUCUCAGAGGGUUUAUCGCUUGACUAUGGCUAAGGUCACCCACGGCUAAGUUCUUGCAACAGUAUAUGAUGUAAUUUUGUAUUAGAAACUUGUGCUCAUAAUUGAGCUGGAAUUUUUUUGGUUAAUAGUGAUUAGGAUUGCAAAAUAAAUAGUUUCUCAUGUGAGUUGAGUAACCGUCAACUUACAAUGAUGUUUAGGUUUUCAUGCUUCAACACUCACAUGCAGUCGCACAAGCAGAAGAAAACUGUUCAUCUAUCUGCUGAAGCAAUGCAGAAGAACCUGGAAGAUUGUUCACAGAACAAGGCCCUGCAGAAAUUUACUUCCUUGACAGCAGAAAGUUCCUCCUCAAAGUUGAAGGUUGAGAGAGAUACUUUUAGCAGUUUUGUUGAUUGUCGAAAAGAUACCUCUGCUGUUGAGGCCGACUCUAAAUCAGAGGAGGUUGAUAGGGUCUGUGAUAUUUCAGUUCCUAAGGCUGCACUUAUUAAGAAAUCUAAGUCUUUAGGAAGUGGUUUAGACAUGAAAGGGAGGGAUUCUGGUGGUAGUGGCUCUGAAGAUGAGAUAGAUCAACAGUUCUCUUGUGAUGGUUCUGCUGAUAACUGUGGGUCUCUUGUUCCUAGCAGAGCCAAGGAUUCUCGGACUAGUCUGCUAAACCAGUUUCAUGAAACUCUUCCAUCUGAUUCUGUUCAUGCUACUUGUGACAACAUUGGAUCUACAUUUUCCAUGGGAGAUGCUCCAAAUAUGGAAAAGGAGUCUCAUGAGAAUUCUGAUGCUCAAUUGUCUGGUGAACAUACACCAGAUAGGGAAAAGGAGUCUCAUGAGAAUUCUGAUGCUCAAUUAUCUGGUGAACAUACACCUCGUACGCCCCCUGUGUUUGUGAGAUCCAUUUCCUUGCCCAACAUCAGUUCUUCUGGUCAGCCCACUGUGAACCAUUUACCUCGCUCUAGGUCUGCUGAGGAUCUGAAUGUUCUAGAUUCAAGACGGAGGGAUAUCUUGAUGCAUGAAGUAGGAACAGAAUUAUUGCAGCAUCAGGCAAGAAGUGAUCUCGUAAGUACUAUUCAUGAUAAAAAUGCUUGUGGUAACCCUGCUGAUGACAACUUUGUUACCUAUAACUAUGUUGGUUCAGCAAAAGACUGGAUUAUACCCAUGGGAGAUGAAGUGAACAUGAAUAAUCAUCUUUUUGGGAAUUCUUCAUCUCGCCGGUGGGAUGAGUUACCGAGCAGGGAUUUCAAGAUUAAACGAAUUGAGGAAUGGGUAAUUGAUCUUCAGCACUGCAGUCCUUUAGAAGAGUCUAACGAAUUACCUGCUUCAGAAGAUCAUGUUGUAUCAACAGGCAAAAGUUCUUUGAAUGUCCCUGCUACAUCAAUAGAGGGUAAGGUUAAUCCUGGCAUGGAAGCUGUAAAAAAAUAUAUCUCUUCAUUGAGUCCCACAGCCACUGCUGCUCAGCUGGUUAAUCAUGGCUUGGUUGUUAUUCCAUUUCUGAGUGCUUUUUCUAGCCUUAAAGCACUUAAUUUAUCUGGAAAUGCCAUAGUUAGAAUAACUGCUGGAUCUCUCCCUCGAGGACUCCACAUUUUGAACUUAUCAAAAAACAACAUCUCCACAAUUGAAGGCUUGCGAGAUCUUACACGCCUACGUGUUCUUGACCUAAGCUACAAUCGUAUACUGCGAAUCGGUCAUGGCCUUGCUUAUUGUUCCUCCUUGAAAGAGCUUUACUUGGCUGGUAAUAAAAUUAGUGAGGUUGAAGGUCUUCAUCGACUUCUUAAGUUGAAUGUUCUGGACCUGCGAUUCAACAAAAUCUCAACAACGAAGUGUCUGGGCCAGCUCGCUGCUAAUUAUAAUUCUUUACAAGCAAUUAGCCUUGAAGGGAACCCAGCCCAGAAGAAUGUUGGUGAUGAGCAAGUGAAAAAAUACUUACAAGGCCUUGUUCCUCAUUUAACAUAUUUCAAUCGGCAUCCUAUUAAAGUUGGCACAAUGAAGGACACAGCAGAUAGGUCGGCUCGAUUAGGUAUCAGUGCUCAUCAGAUUGAUCGUGGCCUCAAAGCAGACGCCAAGGCGAUGCGCAGGGGUGCUCAUGGUGCUGCUAACAAGGUGGCAUCAUCGUCAAUUCACGGUCGUAGGGGUCAAGCAACAGCCUUGUCAAAGCCUUCCAAGAGCAGGCAUGCGCGACUGCCACCUAGUGGAACUAAGCCAGCGACUCAGCAGAAUCAGGUGUAUGAUUUUAGCAACAAGCUUCUGAGCUUCAGAUCUGAACUCUCCAUGCGCAGAAGCCGCAGUGAGGGAACUAUUGCUGCUCUUUAAAUUUUAGUUUUUGUUGCUGUUUUGACUUUGUUUUUCCUCUUAUUAGUCGGGCUACUUGUCACCCAUUUAGUCGUCUUAGUUUUUGGUGCGAGGAUUAUGAAAUAAUGGAGGAGUUCUAUUUCUGUUAUUGAGGUUGCUGUGUUUGUUUCUAUAUUCAACCCAUUGAAAAUCACUCCCAUACAAGUGUAUGCAGAUAUGUCAGUUCUCGUUUGGAUUU